CGAGAGAGCCGGAGCAGCAGCGGCGGCGGCGUCAUGGCGGAGAGUCAGUCAGCGGCCGGGCUGGGGGAGUCUGCGCCCUUGGGCGGGGCGGCUCCCCCCGGCUCGGAGCCCGAGACCCGGCGGCUGAGCGAGCUGCGGGUGAUCGACCUGCGGGCCGAGCUCAAGCGCCGCAACCUGGACAGCGGCGGCAACAAGAGCGUGCUGAUGGAGCGGCUCAGGAAGGCCAUUGAGGAAGAAGGGGGCGACCCUGAUGAAAUGCCAGUGGCUUCAGAAGUUAGCAAUAAAAGAACACCAAAGAGAACUAGCAAAGGGCGAAAACCAGAAGAAGGCAUUGAAGACAAUGGACUGGAGGAAAACUCUAGAGAUGAACAGGAGGAUAUUGAAGCAAGUUUGGAUAACUUG